GACUGCUUUUCAGUAAUCAUGGGAAUUGUGGUGUUCGUAGUAGAAGACACCCCGGGACUAGAGAGCAUCGGGACCAGUCCCAGUCCCAGUCCCGGUCUCAGUCUCGAUGGGACCGGAACGGGACCGGGACCAAGUACCACAGAGAUCCAAAAAUGCAUAAUCUGGUACUAA